GCCGCCGCCGCCGCCGAGUGUGGAGCCGCCGCCGCCGCCGCCCAGCCUCCGCCAUGGACCUGUUCGGGGACCUGCCGGAGCCCGAGCGCUCGCCGCGGCCGGCCGCUGGGAAGGACGCGCACACGGGAUCGCUGCUCUUUGAUGACCUCCCUCCGGCCAGCAGUGCUGACUCAGGAUCAGGGGGACCUUUGCUCUUUGACGAUCUCCCACCAGCCGGCAGUGGCGAGUCAGGUUCUCUUGACACUUCAGUAUCCCACAUGGUAAAGAAUGAAGGGAAAGGAACAAAGAGAAAAACUUCUGAAGAAGAAAAGAAUGGCAGUGAAGAGCUUGUGGAAAAGAAAGUUUGUAAAGCCUCUUCGGUGAUCUUCGGGCUAAAAGGCUACGUGGCUGAGCGCAAGGGGGAGCGGGAGGAGAUGCAGGAUGCCCACGUCAUCCUGAACGACAUCACCGAGGAGUGCAGCCCCCCGUCGUCCCUCAUUACUCGGGUUUCAUAUUUUGCUGUUUUUGAUGGACAUGGAGGAAUUCGAGCCUCAAAAUUUGCUGCACAGAAUUUGCACCAGAACUUAAUCAGGAAGUUCCCUAAAGGAGAUGUAAUCAGUGUGGAGAAAACUGUGAAGAGAUGCCUUUUGGACACUUUCAAGCAUACCGAUGAAGAGUUCCUUAAACAAGCCUCGAGCCAGAAGCCUGCCUGGAAAGACGGGUCCACCGCUACGUGCGUUCUGGCUGUGGACAACGUUCUCUAUAUUGCCAACCUUGGAGACAGCCGGGCCAUUCUGUGUCGUUACAACGAGGAGAGUCAGAAGCAUGCAGCCUUGAGCCUCAGCAAGGAGCACAACCCCACACAGUACGAAGAGCGGAUGCGGAUACAGAAGGCCGGGGGCAAUGUCAGGGACGGGCGUGUCUUGGGCGUGCUGGAGGUGUCCCGCUCCAUUGGGGAUGGCCAGUACAAGCGCUGUGGGGUCACUUCUGUGCCAGAUAUCAGACGCUGCCAGCUGACCCCCAAUGACAGGUUUAUCUUGCUGGCCUGUGAUGGCCUCUUCAAAGUCUUUACUCCGGAAGAAGCUGUGAACUUCAUCUUGUCCUGCCUCGAGGACGAGAAGAUCCCAAGCCGGGAAGGGAAGCCCACUGUGGACGCCCGCUACGAGGCGGCCUGCAACAGGCUGGCCAGCAAGGCGGUGCAACGGGGCUCGGCUGACAACGUCACGGUGAUGCUGGUGCGGGUGGGGAGCUGAGGGCCCAGCGCGGCUGCUGUGCGCUCGGGACUCCCAUGACUGUAAAUAAAGAAUUCCUUUUUUUUU